AUGGAGCUCAGUCUCAAGCUGCGAUCUUUUUCAUUCCCCUCCUCGGUUUCGAGUGUUAAGGAUGCAAGGUUCUUAAAGUCGAUUAUUUUCUGCAAUUUGAAAUCAUCACAUCAUCAGAAAGCUAAGAGAUCAUCAACAGCGAUUCCUGCAUUAGCUGAAACAGCUGCUUCUAUAGCAAUUGCAGCUACAUUUGUCGGCACUGCAGCGACUCUUCUUGUUCGGAGAAGCAACAAAGCCUCAGAAGAAGCCGAGGCUUCUACGAAAGAAUGUGAAGUUUGCGGCGGUUCAGGGAUCUGUUCUGAGUGCAAAGGUGAAGGAUUUGUUCUGAAGAAACUAUCAGAUGAAAAUGCUGAGAAAGCAAGACUCACAGCAAAGAACAUGGCCACAAGAUAUACGGCCGGGCUUCCCAAGAAAUGGAGCUACUGCACUAAAUGUUCUUCAACGCGAUCUUGUAUAACGUGUGGUGGAAGCGGAAAGACAAGCAUCUAG